CUCUUAUGAUAACUUGUACAAGUCUCAUAACGGAUUACAGUGCUUUACCACACUCAGCUGGCAUUGUGUAGCACGAUAAGAUAUAUUUCUACCGCCUAUUUAUCAGACCCGAGGGUUAAUCAAUUCUUAACUAAAUUCCCUGCAGUUCCCUAUUACAGCACCAACACAACUACUAUACCAUGGCUACACAAUUGAUCCCACUGCCUGAGGUGGAACGACUCAGUGCUUCGGUGGUGCGGAUUUUGGGGGGCAACCCUGGAAAGUUCACAUUACAAGGGACGAAUACAUAUCUGAUCGGCCGAGGACGCCAAAGGAUCCUCAUCGAUACGGGCGAAGGCAAACCCGCCUGGGCAACAAGUCUUAAGAAUGUCUUGUCAUCAGAGAAUGCAACCGUGCAAAAGGCGCUCCUCACGCAUUGGCACGUGGAUCAUGUCGGUGGCAUUACUGAUCUCAAGCGCCUCUGCCCUCAAGUGAUUGUCCAUAAGCGCGAACCCGAAGAAGGGGAGGAGGGCAUUGAAGAUGGACAGGUAUUUAGCGUUGAGGGUGCGACGCUGAGAGCGUGCUAUACUCCUGGACACGCUUUUGAUCAUAUGGCGUUUGUUUUGGAGGAAGAGGACGCUCUUAUUACCGGUGAUAAUGUCUUGGGACAUGGGACGAGUGUCUUUGAAGACUUGAAAGCCUACAUAUCCAGCCUGCAGAGGAUGCACAGUCUAGUCUCCGGCCGCGGAUACCCCGGCCAUGGCCCAGUUAUCGAGAAAAUUCAGACGAAAGUCACUGAAUAUCUGAAGCACCGUCAACAACGCGAGGACGAGGUCGUCCGAGUCCUCCGAUACGGCAAGCUCGACGUUGGUGACGACGAGAAAUCCCCGGAGCGCAAGGGAUGGUGGACUCCGUUGGAGUUGGUGAAGGCGAUCUAUAAGGAUGUGCCUGAGAGUCUGCACCUGCCUGCGUCACAUGGGGUGUUGCAGGUACUUAUGAAAUUGGAAGAUGAGGGCAGGACGAUUCACGACUCGGUAUCGGGGAAAUGGAGUUUGGUGGAUGGGAGGUCUGCUUUGUGAAUACGGGGUAUCUCAUGAUUUUGUAUAAACAUGCUCUCUGGUAUAUAUUCAUGUCAUUAUUGUAUCAUUUCAACCGGCUAAUACUAUGUAUAGAG